AGUGUAUAUACAGUCAUUUCAAAGCACUUGGUGGCGAUGACCUCAGUGCAAGUUGUCGGUGUCAUUUUGCAAUGCUACUUUGCACGAAACGAAAAGGUCAGAGCGAAGCUGCUCUCCGGAUUGAUAUGAUUGAAAAUGCCAAAACAUUGCUGUACGGGACAGAUCAAGAGUUUUAAUAAUCAAGGGAGGGACUAAUGGCAAACUGCAGAUCGAGGGUGAUAUUAUGUGUCUGUCUUUAUUUAUGAAAAGAUCAAAAUACAAAAUGCAAAGGGCGCGAGUGACUUGUUUGGAUGUCGGACUGAACUAAUUGUGAAAUUGCGCACGUAAGCAGGGCACAGUAAGUUUAUCCUGGCAUGCCUGACCCACAUUCUCUGUCUCUGGUUCCCGUUUAUGAAAAUGGAAACAAAUGCUGAUGGCUGUAGAAUCCUGCGCUACAGUAGGUGAAGCGGCCAAACCCUGUCUUCAUGUGUUGCUCUCAGCAAAUUGAAGGAGCAUUCUUCAUGUGUUUUUUUUUUUUCUAGUUGGCUUGUAGAAAAGAUGGCUGAGCUGCUGGUUAGUGUACAGUCUGCAGGCAGCAAUGUCCACACAGCUGUGGUUUGAGCAGCUGUGUUUAAGAUGAGUGUACGAUGUCAUGACCACCAUGGCCAAGGCUGUCAGUUUAAUAUCAAAUGUGAUCCGAGCACAACUGCUGAAGUCUUGGAGCCUUUUAGAAAUCGCAUUGAACCGCUCCGUUCAUCGCAACCAAAAAAGGGCUGAAAUCAUUUCUCGACGGGAUAAAGUCGCCAACACCUGGUGCAGUUUGAGUGUUCUGGUGAAAGUAAAGAACUUGCUGCUCCCUCAGACCCAGCUUAGACUCAGGGGAGCCUCUCUGUUACUGCUGCUCCCUCAGACCCAGCUCAGACUCAGGGGAGCCUCUCUGUUACUGCUGCUCCCUCAGACCCAGCUCAGACUCAGGGGAGCCUCUCUGUUACUGCUGCUCCCUCAGACCCAGCUCAGACUCAGGGGAGCCUCUCUGUUACUGCUGCUCUCUCAGACCCAGCUCAGACUCAGUUUUGUAGCAACACUUCUGGCUGUUUUACCUUCAUGCAUAAAACUGUUUGUGCACCCUAGUGUCAGAGGAUUCAAGCUUGCCUUGGUGACCUGUUCAUUAGGGUUCUUUCUGUUCUCCUUUCAAGUCCAUGAAAAGUCUAUUCUUCUGACUGCAUUGCCAGUUUGCUUGCUGAUCAGAGAAAUUCCAUUCAUAUCUACGUGGUUUUUACAGGUGACAACAUUCAGUAUGCUGCCUCUGCUGCUGAAGGACGGGCUGCUGCUGCCCUAUAUCGUUACAUCCCUGGCUUUCCUUCUGAUAAGCAUCACUCUGCUAUCUGCGCUGGAACAGAGUUCUGAAGAGGACCUGAAACUGAAGCAGCUCUUCACUCGCAGAAGAAAACACAUGCCACGGUUUAAUGCCCCUUUGCUUGCUAAAUCUGGAUACAUUCUGUCUGUUCUCUGCAUGGCUGUGCUGAGUUUCCUGAGCGCAGCACUGAGCCCUCCAGCCAGACUGCCAGACCUGUUUCCCGUUGCCAUCUCUCUCUUCUCCUACGUGCACUUUGUGGGGUUUCUGAUCUAUUUCAAUACCAUUCACCUGACGGAGCUUCCAAGUAAAAAGACCCAGAAGAAAACAAACUAGGUGCCUCUGCAAGAACUGGGCUGCUGUCAACCAAACAGCACCACUUGAUUCCUGCUCGGGUGAAACGUCAUGGACCAGUAAAACACCAUGGUUCUGUCGAGAUCUGCAGGUGGAUUUGAGAGAACAGUUAUGACUGUACAGCCAGUUCAGAGUUUUGCAGGGUACAUUGUAUAUCUUCUUAUUUGUAUUAUACCAUUGCAACAAUGUCACGGUUACAUCUUUAUUUACAAACACUGUUGGCAUGCUGUAUCCAUUCCACAUGCACAAGGUUCAGAGAUUACUCAAGUAUGCCUUGCUUCUAAAGGGUUCACUUUAUUCAAAUAUACUGUUUUUUAUUUGGGGGGGGGGG